CUUUGCCUGAUUGACUGCGUCUCUAUAGGAUUAUUGGCGAGUGUACAUGCUACUAUUUUAACUUCAUUGACAUUUUUUUACCACACCUCCUCGUCUCCCACAUCCUGUGAAAUUGUCAGCUAUGUUCUCCUCGUCCAAGCCCUCCCUACUCUCGCCCUGGACCUCCAUGGAGCAAGCUGACUCGGACGCAUUGGAUAUCAGCACCAAAGUGCAACUGCAUGGGGUUCUGUGGAAGAGACCUUUCGGGAGGCCCUCGGCCAAAUGGUCCCGCAGAUUCUUCAUCAUCAAGGAUAGUUUUCUGUUGUACUAUGCUGAGAACGAGAAAAAAAGCUUUGAGACCAAUAGGUACUUCAACAUUCACCCUAAGGGGGUGAUUCCAUUAGGUGGAUGCAUUGUUGAGCCAAGAGAAGAUCAAAGCAUGCCAUUUGCCAUGGUCAUCAACCACGAGGACUUCACUGGAAACAUUGUCCUGGCUGCUGAAUCAGAGUCAGAGCAGAGUCAGUGGGUGGAGAUGCUGCAAGAGUCAGGAAAAGUCACUUGGAAGAAUGCUCAGUUGGGUGAGGCUAUGAUCGAGAGUCUUGAAGCUCAGGGGUUACAGCUGGCUAAGGAAAAGCAGGAAUAUCUGGAUAAGCUCAUGGAGGAGACUGAGGAACUAUGCUUGCAAAGAGAAGAGAAGGCGGAGCUGGAGAGACUGAAUCAAUUGCUGGAAGAAGAAAAGCAGAAGUUUGAGGAAGUUGUUCAAGAGCUGAGAGUAGAACAAGAGCAAAUUAAACUAGAUCUGGAUGGUACUGCUCACUGUCUGAAAGGAGUGGAAAAUGAGAAAGAGGAACUUCAUAAUCUUACCACACUUCUGCAGAAGUCUUUAGAGGAGUUAUCCCAAGAGAAAAAGCGUACCCUUGAGAUGCUGCGAGAAAGAGGACAGGAUGUGGCUGAAAGAGGAAGUGAUCGUCGGGCCUCUUUAGACUCCCAUAAUCCAGAGGUGCAGCUUCAGGGCAACCUGCGGCAAAUCGAGGAGCAGAUGAGGAGUCUACUUAAAGAGAAAGAACAGGCAGACGACAGGCUGAAAGAGAAUGAAAAGCGAGCUAAGGUUCUGCAGGAGGAAAGAGAGUUUUAUUCUUCUCAAGCUCAAACUCUCCAGCAGUCCCUCACACAGCUCACAGCAGACAAACAGCACACUGAAGAAGAGCUGAAGGCGGAGAUGGAGUCUCGUGUGGAACUGGAGCGUAGGCUGAAAUUGGCUGAGGAGGCCCUGCAAGAUCUAGAACAGGGUCUAAAUACAAUAGAACGUACCCGCGAGAGGGAUGAAAGAAUGAAAGGAGACGUCAGCCAUCUCCGCAAGUUCUUUGAGGAAUGUAUCUGUGCUGCAGAGAUCGAGGCCAAGUUACCAUCCAUCAUGAAGAACGCAGUCUAUCUGCAUAAAGCUGCUGCUCGGCGCAUCAAAAGUUGCCGUAUCCAGAAACGGGCCUCCAGGCAGCACUGGUUGAAGCACUCUCAAUCGUUUGCCACCUCUCGCGGUGCCUCCUCCACCAGUCUUGAAGAGUUGAGAGAAACCGCCCGGCGUCUGACUUCAGACAGCUGUUUAAGACGGCAAGCCUACAAGAUCAUCGCCCGCCAGGACACCGUUCAGUCUGAGGACUAACAAUAUUCUGACAGACAGAUGGACUGACAGAACAACCUGGGAGGGAGGGGAAGCUGUUUUGUCAUCCUGCUCUCUGCUGUGCAACUUUAAAGUUUAACGUUUAACAAGUUUAACAUGAUUCAGUAUAGGGAAACUACAAACACAGUGUGCUGUCUUCUGUUGUCAUACUUUGAGACUAUGUUUCCUUCAGUUUUAAAUGUAUAACACUGUUUAACUAUAAAAUGGCAAAUAUUUGCUUUUAGUGAAAAUAAUAUAACCUAUUCAAUGACACAUAGCUUCUAUGAAAAAUACCUAAGAGGCUGUAAGUUGAGCUAUGCUGGAACUGUCAAAACUGGAACUGAGAAAAAGUGUAAGGUUGUUUGUUUGUUUUUUAAGUCUAUAGGUCUCCAUUUUUAAGUCUAUAAGUCUCCAUUAUAGAGCUUUAAGCCAUGAACCAAACAAAUCAGCUACCAGGUAAAUCACAAUAUAUAUAAUCAACAAAAAAA